AUGAUUAUUGAUAACUUCAAAUACAACAGUUUGCAGGAGAAUGAGAUCAGGGUGUUGGUGCUAGAUGCAGCAGGUCAAGAGGGAGACCCCCUCUCAGGCGCUCUCGUCGUUGUGAAGCAUAUCCCAGGCGAACCUGUUACGCGGUACGAAGCAAUGUCGUACACUUGGGGUGACCAGUCAGAUCCGGACUACAUAGAUCUCAGGCAUCCAAAACCGAUUUGCUACGAUAAAUCAUGCAUUUGCGACAAGGAGUCUUCGGGGUCGCUAGCGAUCGGUCGCAAUCUUGCUUCUGCUUUGCGAAAGAUCCGUCACCAAAGCAAUAACCAGAUCCUCUGGGCUGACUCAAUUUGUAUCAACCAGCAGGACCUUGAUGAGCGAGCUGCGCAAGUCCUGCGAAUGCGCGAUAUAUACAAGCACGCCCAGCGCGUUAUUGCCUGGCUCGGCCUCGCAGACGAGCACAGCCCAAUCGCCAUCGCGAUGCUGCAAGAACUCGCCGAAUGCGUCGACUUUACCAACGAGGAGGAUGACAUCUUGAAUAACCGAAUAAGGUUCAAACCAGACAAGUAUGACUUUAUCAUGAGAAGACUCUCAGACAAUUUACACGAUUGGUCCAAGCCUAUGCCAUUCUCUGACCGCCAGUGGCAGGCCUUGGUAUUCUUCAUAUCGCGGCCCUGGUUCCGUCGACUAUGGGUGCGUCAAGAAAUCCUACUGGCGGGUAAAGACACAAUUAUCUUGGCAGGGGAUGACAGCCUGCCUUGGCUGCAUUUCAGGAGUGCCAUCGAGAUAAUUGCGGCAAAAAGAGAGGCAUUGGUUGACAAGGUCGACAUCCUUAUCAUGGUCGAAUUUUUCAACGCACGCAGCUUUUCAGCCCUUAGACUCUUGAGGGACUUUUUCUCACUUGUGGCUUACACACACGCCUGUGAGGUAACGGAGCCGAGGGAUAGAGUCUUCGCCCUAUUGGGUCUCGCAGAGGGCGGCUUUACUAGCAAAAUUGUGGUUGAUUACAGAAAGAACAUCAAGGACGUCCAUCGCGAUGCUUUGGUUCGGGCGUCGACAUAUCACCAAGAUCUCAAGUUGAUGUCACUGUGCGACUCAGCGUCUGAGCCGACGUGGAUCCCCGACUUGGAGCGGAUUCAACAUCAGCGGCCCAUGACUUACGGUCGAGCUGCCCUUUGCUCCGCCGAGAAUGGGCAUGCAUUUACCAAAGAGCAGUUGUUGCUCCAAGGUAUACGUUGUGACUACAUCAUGGAGCUAGUUGGGCCCCAGGACAGUCAAAAUUCCCAAGCAGAGCUCCAAGCCACUGUGCUAGAGGCAGUGAAAUUGGAGUCUUACUAA